UUCACCACUCGGGUUCAGCGAACUCUUUAACGAAUUUCGAUUACAUGAAAACCUUAAUUCAUUGGACGAGAUUCUUAAUGCCAUAAUUGACGCCGAUGGAAUGUCAUUUAACGACCUUAAACCAAUUUACAAGGAAUUUCUUCUCAAGUUAGCGGUCACUCUUACUAAAGACGAGCUCUUCCACAGAUCAAAGAAUAUUAUGCGUCGACAAAGGAAAAAAAAGUUGAGGCGACAAAAUAGUUCUUCGAUUCCGCAGAAAAAGUCGAAAACUGCAGUUUUCGGUACAAAAAACCUUAAAAAGGUUUUUCAUUUGGGACAGUUUACAUCUUGCCGUGGGAAGCCAAUUAAACUUCACAUAGAUAAAAAAGUCGGAUACAAAAAUCGUUACAUUAGUGAGACCACCACAAAUCAGCCAUCCGUUACCCAGCACCCAAACGAACAGCAGCAGACACGGGUAGCAACUAGUGGAUCGGACGUGUCGGUGGUACGCAACGACAACACCCUCCGUGGCUUAAAUAGAAACAGCAGCAGCGGCUACGUCUCUUGUUCCGAGUGCAGCUAUGACUCAGAAUCAUGUACGUGUACUUCAGCUGACAGAUGUUACUGCAGUCUUAGAACAGAUCACAUCAACAACAGGCUCUGUCGGAAAAAAGAUUCCAACGCGACUCUUUCAAAGCAUUUAACUAACGUCGAUAGGCAUAAUACAUCUUGCCAUUCCGGUAUAGACAAUAACCGAUAUUCGUUAAUCUCGUGUAAUUCAAAUGAAAAAUGCUAUUGUUCUAUGGUGGAACAAGGGGGACCGAGUGAUUUGCCUGGUGCUGACGCAGCCAUCUCACAGUCCGACAGCUCUUGGUGCGACACGGAUAGUUGCGUUAGCACCAGCAAAUGCUAUUGCCCGCGGGAGAAUCGAACAACAAGAUCUGGGUCUGGAGAAAUAAAUCCUUCUAAAGCACACCAAGAUAGCACUUCUGGCCGAACAGCUGCAGAAAAACUAGCUCUGGACUAUGAACUCUUUACGAUCAAUGGCAAUGGCAAAUCUGUUCAGCCACACGAAGCUUUAAGUGUUAAAAAGAGCGUAGAGGCAGCUGCUAUUUUUGCUGAUGUAAAACUUAGCCAAACUACUGAUAUUAAGAGCAUGUGUCCACAACCGUUUUUGAAUCCUAAACCAAGCGAGGAUACAAAAAUAUAUUCCCAUUGCGAAAAAAAACGCGAUUCCUUAAGCAUUGAUCGUCGUCACAACGAUCACAGUGCUUGGAACUUAUCAUCAAGCUCAUCGCAAAAAUGCCGUAGUGCUGACGAUAUAUUGGGAAAAUUGAGAACAAAGAAAGGAAAUGCAAAUCCAGAAUCAUUAAAAAGUACUCUUUCUAAAGGAAAGGCUAAGCAGAUUGAACUGGAGAUGGACGAAAGUGUUCACAAUAAUUAUCCAGCUUUGAAUGCCUCUUUGGAAGAUACAUUAGGGUACUUGCCAUAAAUUAAAGCUAUGCCAAGUAUACUACGUAGAAAUAUGUAUACAUACAUAUGUAUAGUAUAUACUAUUCCAUAUGCACAUAUAUUUUUCGAUUACGUACAUACAUAGCAUGAGCAUGUUAACAGCUUUUUUAGGUGUAAUGACACUACGUAUUAAAAAAAAUAAAACACUGUUACGCCAUAUAA